UUUUUUAAAACAAGUGUCAAACGGAAUCAAGAGCUUUUAGUGCGCCUAACUUUUGAAAAAAAUAAACUGCUUUUUCAAGCGGUUUAUUUUUUUUAAUUUCGCGUAUUUGGUUUAGAUACCCAGUGAUUUUGGCAAAAUGACGCAACAGGACUCAGUGAAUGUGACGGAAAAUGCUGAAUCAACAGUUCAAGCAGUUGACAAUGCGGGCUCUUCGCUUCUUGUUCCCGGUAAAGGAUUGCUGCGGCCGGUAUCGGUGGCCGGCACGAUGGAGCACGCUCUGCAACAUCGCGAGCGCGUCGGCGUGCAGGACUUCGUGCUGCUCGAAGACUAUCAGUCUGAGGCCGCCUUUAUUGACAAUCUGAGGAAGAGGUUCCACGAGAACAUUAUCUAUACGUACAUCGGCAACGUGCUUAUCUCCGUGAACCCUUACAAGAACCUGCCCAUCUACACCGAAGAAAAGAUCCAGCAGUAUUAUAAGAAAGCCUUUUUUGAGGCUCCUCCACAUGUGUUCGCGAUAGCCGACAACGCCUACAGGUCACUAGUUUACGAACACAGGGAACAAUGCAUUCUGAUCUCAGGCGAAUCCGGCUCUGGAAAGACCGAAGCCUCCAAAAAAGUUUUGGAAUACAUCGCGGCACGUACCAAGCACCUUCGGACCGUGGAGACAGUCAAGGACAAGCUGCUGCAGACCAACCCCUUGCUGGAGGCCUUCGGUAACGCCAAGACCAACAAGAAUGACAACUCUAGCCGCUUCGGAAAGUACAUGGACGUCCAGUUUAAUUAUGAAGGCGCUCCGGUCGGAGGCCACAUCCUCAACUACUUGCUGGAGAAGUCCCGCGUGGUCAGCCAGAUGACAGGCGAGAGGAACUUCCACAUCUUCUAUCAGCUGCUGGCCGGCGCGGACCAGGAGAUGAUGAGCUCCCUCCGUCUGCAAGGAAGACCAGAAGCUUACAAGUUCUGCAACACUACGGAUUCGCACACACAAGCAUCCAAGAUAAGCGACGCCGACCAGUUCCGCACCAUCCGCGAGGCCAUGAAGGUCAUCGAGAUCGGCGAGGUUGAGCAGGCCGAGAUCUUCCAGAUAGUUGCCAGCGUUCUGCACUUGGGCAACGUCAAGUAUGUGCAGAACGACAAGGGCAAUGCGGAGAUCUUGACGCAUGACGCUAGCAGCGGAAAUGUUGCUGAGCUCCUCAAAGUGGACUCUACAAAACUGCGUUCAGUCCUCACCAGUCGCACGAUCGACGCCCGUGGAGACGUGGUCAACACCCCACUGGACGUCGAGCAAGCGCAGUUCGCCAGAGACGCCCUCGCCAAAGCCAUCUACGAUAAACACUUCAGCUGGCUUGUGAAGAGACUGAAUGCUUCGCUGGCCCCGGAUCAAUUAGGAGACAGGGACUCUGUUAUUGGCAUUCUGGAUAUCUACGGUUUUGAGAUCUUCCCUAAGAACUGCUUCGAGCAGUUCUGCAUAAACUACUGCAACGAAAAGCUGCAGCAGCUGUUCAUCCAGCUGACGCUCAAGCAGGAGCAGGAGGAGUACCUGCGCGAGGGUAUCGAGUGGGAGCCGGUCGUGUACUUCAACAACAUUGUCAUCUGCGACCUCAUUGAGGCUCGGCAUCAAGGUAUUAUCUCAAUCCUGGACGACGAGUGCCUACGGCCUGGAGAUGCUUCGGACGCUAGCUUACUCGAGAAACUGAACCAGCGUCUGGACAAACACAAGCACUACAAGAGUCAUCGCAAUGUCGACACCAAGACGCAGAAGCUGAUGGGACGAGAUGAAUUCUGCAUCGUCCACUACGCGGGUGAAGUGACGUACAGCGUGAGCACUUUCCUCGAAAAGAACAACGAUCUUCUGUUCCGAGAUAUUCAGGCCCUCAUGGCUACUAGCGGGAACACCAUCGUGGAACAAUGCUUCAAGGACUCCAACCUGACUAGCAAGAAGCGGCCCGAGACUGCCAUCACGCAGUUCAAGAACUCCCUAAACGACCUCAUCAAGAUCCUCAGCAGCAAGGAGCCUUCUUAUAUCCGCUGCAUCAAGCCCAAUGACUUCAAAAAGCCUAUGCAAAUGGACGACAAGCUGAUCUCUCACCAAGUGAAGUACCUCGGUUUGAUGGAGAACCUGCGCGUGCGACGCGCCGGCUUCGCCUACAGGCGCACUUAUGAGGCCUUCCUCGAGAGGUACAAGUGCCUGUGCGCAGAGACGUGGCCGGUGUGGCGCGGACCCGCAAGCGACGGUGUGCGCAAGCUCGUUGAAGUCAUGAACUACGAACGCGAGGAGUACAGGAUGGGCAACACAAAAAUCUUCAUCCGCUUCCCCAAAACGCUCUUCGAGACCGAAGACGCCUAUCAGAUCAAGAAGAACGACAUCGCAACCAUCAUCCAGAGCCGUUGGCGCGGCUACUGGCAGCGCAAGCAGUACCUGAAGAUGAGGGCGGCCGCCAUUAUCAUCCAGAAGUGGGUGCGGCGGUUCCUGGCGCAGAGAUUGCUGGCUAGGAGAAAGAAGGCUGCUGAAGUCAUCAGGGCUUUCAUCAAAGGCUUCAUCACCCGCAACGGCCCCGAGACGCCGGAGAACCGCCGGUUCUUGGGGAUCGCGAAGGUCCACUGGCUGAAGCGACUCUCCACCAGACUACCCACCAAGAUCCUGGACCUCAGCUGGCCCGUCCCUCCCGCUACAUGCCAGGAGGCCUCCAAAGAGCUGCAGAGGUUGCACCGAGCACUUCUCUCCCGCAAGUACCGCCUGGCGCUGUCGCCAGAGAACAAGAAGCAGUUCGAGCUCAAGGUUCUCGCCGAGAAGAUGUUCAAGGGCAAGAAGAACAGCUACCCAGCCAGCGUAAGCAAUCGCUUCGUGGUGGACCGUCUCAGCAACGAGCUGCAAGUUCUGCGCGGAACGUUCAUGGCCUCCGCUGCCUGGCCCACGGGCGAGAAGCUCAUCUAUUCCAGCGAAGCCAUAAAAUACGACCGGCGAGGCUACAAGCCCCGCGAGCGCGCACUUCUCGCCUCCGACAAGGCAUUGUAUGUCCUCGACGCCGCUGGACGAAAGACCUUCAAGCUGAAACACCGGCUGCCACUUGACAAGUUGAGGGUCAUCGUGACUAAUGAGACGGAUAGCUUGGUGUUGAUCAAGAUUCCGCAGGAGCUGAAGAAAGAUAAGGGUGACCUGAUCAUCUCGGUGCCGGAGCUGAUCGAGGCGCUGACCAUCGUCACCGACUACACCAAGAAGCCCGAGCUCAUCGAAAUUGUUGACACUAGGACCAUCGCGCACAACCUGGUGAACGGCAAGCAGGGCGGCACCAUCGAGGUGAUCAACGGGCCGCAGCCCGCCAUCCAGCGCGCCAAGAGCGGCAACCUGCUCGUGGUGGCCACUCCCUAAACGCACCGACCAGUAUUGAGAUUAUUGAG